GUUUAGUUAUUUAUGUAUAAUUUUAUUAGAUUAUAAUGACAAUAUUAAAAUUAAGAAAAUAAAUAACAAACCUUAUAAAUAAAAAUAAUAAUAAGAAAAACCACAACAAAAAUUCUCAAUAAUUAUAAGUGAAAUUAAAAAGAAUAAACGAAAUUGAAACUGAAUUUGAUUAUAAAAUUCUUCUUAAAAUAAAAGUUAUACCAGCAAUUAAAAAAAUUUAUGAAUUUAAAUUAAAAAGAAUGACAAACAAUAAUAAUAAAAAUUCAAUUCCUGCUAAUGUCACCUCAUAUGAUACUGGCAAUAAACCAUUUAAACAUGAUGUUGGACGUGGCAAAUGGGAGAAAAGUUGGGAUUUUUAUGCUGUUGCAUUGAGUAAUUGCUUUGGUUUUCGGCAUUUUACUUUAUUAUACAUUACCUUAAGAUCAAAUCUAAUAAUAUUUACCUUUGCCUAUAUGUUAGGAAUGAUAACCUUUUUAUUGCCUUUAUAUUAUACACAAAUGUUUCUGGGUCAAUUUUCUAGCAGUGGAAUAAUAUCAGCAUUUCGCAUAUCACCGUUAUUUAAAGUUAUAGGUUAUAUAUCGUUAUAUUUAAAUAUAAUGACUUCUUGUUAUUUUGUGACUACUGCAGCAUUUCCAUUGUACAUUAUAAUUGAAUCUAUGCAAUCUGUUUUGCCUUGGUCACAUUGUAAUAAUGAAUUUAAUUCAAUAAAUUGUAAAACGAUUGAUGAUGUGCCAAAAAGGGCUAAUGAAAGCUCCAUUUUCCUUCAUUACAACACAAAUCAUUCCCUACCAAUCCAUGAUUACAUUGAUUAUUUAUUUGGAUAUGACACUCAAAAUAUAUAUUUAUGGCCUAUAAUGUUGUGUGCAGUCUUUGUUUGGAUAUUGAUUGGACUUGUGCAUAUUAAAGGAGUUGAAAUGCUUGGUAAAAUUUUCCGUUUUAUAACGUUAACAUCAUUUUUAUGCUUCAUUUUGAUUACAAUUCGUGUACUUUGUGUGAAAGAAACUUGGGAAGCUUUAAACCAUCUAUUCCACUUUAAAUUUGCUUCAUUUAACAAUAUUGAAACAUUAAUAGCAUCACCAACAUUUUUUUUGGCUGCAUUUGGUGCUGGUUGGGGUAAUGUGCUUACUAUUGCCAGUUAUAAUAAUUUCAAGGAGGAUAUUGGAAAAUUAUCACUAGUGGCUUGUUUUAUUCAAAUGAUUGUUUUUAUAAUAUCAGCUAUCAUUUAUAAAUCAGUGGAUAAAUUUCUACGUCAAUAUUAUCUUUUUACUUACAUGUAUUUUGGUCGGGGUGAUCCUAUGUUAUUUACGUUCGUGUGUUAUGCUGGAUAUUUCUCGCAUUUUAGUUGGCCAAAUUUUUGGACAAUUCUAUUCUUUUUAGUUAUAUUUUUGACUCAGUUUUCUGAAGGGGCAAUUCAAAUUCUUACAAUUUUAACCGCGAUAUUUGACGAAUAUGAAUAUACUAGAAUUUAUAAAAGGAUUUUUUUAGGAGGUCUUAUCGGGUUUUUAGCAUUAAUUUCAUUAGCAUUUUGUUCAAGUGAUGUAUUCGCUUCAGUAUUUUCAUUGUAUUCAAUAUCUGGAGCAAACAAAUUACUGAUAGUGUUAAUGGAAUUAUUUGUUGUUUUAUGGAUAUACGGCCGACUACGUUUUCAACGGGAUGUAAAAUUCAUGACGGAAAUAACACUGAAAAGCUGGAAAAUUUGGAUGAUGAGAUUUGUGACACCAUUCCUAACCAUAGUAUCAUUGUUAUACCAUGUGUUUCAAGGAUUUUUUUUUUCAAAUUAUAUAUCGAUAUUUUUCAUAUUUAUUUUCCUAAAAUUAUUACCCUUAAUAUGCAUACCUGGAUAUAUGAUUUAUAAAGUGUACGCUGCAACUGGUGGUAUUUUAGAUAGAAUUAGAAAACUUUGCCGUCCAACCGAUUGGUUUCCAGCUGAUCCAAUAGAACAUCAAAAUUAUGAACAUUAUUUAGGAAAUUCAGAUAUAUGCAAUGAAUUAGUACAUGAUAAUUUCGAAACAAGUGAUACAAAUCAUAUUUAGUAAAUUGUAUUUUAAAAUCAGAUCAAAAUAUU